AUGAAAUAUAUAAAUCAAGGUCUCCUUUAUGAGUAAAUCCUGCAAUUAGAUUAACUUACUCUAAAUUUAAAUAAUCUAAUGUCAAAGUAAAAUGGUCCUUUUAUUGAAGGGCUAUAAUAAUUAAUUAUUUGAUUAGAAUCUAAUGAUUAAGACUUAAAGAAGAAUAUUAAAAGAGAAAAAAAUUAAAAAAAAAUGAAGAUAAUAAAAAUAUUUGUAAGAAAAAGCAAAAAUUUAGUAUUUAAACCUUGAAGAAAAAGAAAUAGAUUUAUAUAAAGCACUUUUAAAUAAAAUAAAACUGA